GCACACAUCUACGCACAACAAGAGGCAGCAUCCUUAACGGCAGUCCUCACUGCAGCAUCCAUAAAGGCAGACAGUCCUCAUCCCAGCAUCCGAACUCUCAGGCAUCCAUUACUUCAGGCCUCAUACCAGCAUCCAUCAAGGCAGACAGUCCUCGUACCAGCAUCCAUUAAAGCAGACAGUCUUCAUUCCAGCAUCCUAACUCCAGGUAAGCCACUUUCUGGUAGUCAGGAGACUAAGGCUGGGUUCAAAUAUCACUGCAUAGUACACCAAGAAAAUUUAUGUGCAAAAGCUUUAAAGAUGGCUAACGUCAUGCAGAUUGUCAUCAAGGCUGUAAAUUUCAUAAGGUCCAAGGUAUUGAAUCAUCGCCAAUUCCAGGAAUUCCUAAAAUUUAUGGAUGCUGAGUAUGGGGACAUCAUUUACUUUUCUGAAGUAAGAUGGUUAAGUCGAGGGAAAAUGCUGGCAAGAUUUUAUGAUCUGAGAAAUGAAAUCAAGUCAUUUAUGGAAUCUAAAACAAAAUAUGUGCCAGAACUUGACGAUGAAAACUGGCUAACAGAUUUGGCAUUUUUAGUCAACUUGACCACUCAUUUAAAUGAGUUAAACAUGCGUCUUCAAGGUGAAAACCAAUUGAUCAGCACAAUGUUUCAAACUAUAGCAGCGUUCGAAAUGAAACUGAAACUAUGGCAUUCUCAAAUGAAGGCAAAAAAUUUGAUGCAUUUUAGCACAUUGGCUAAACACGCCUCUGUGAACACGGAAAAAUAUGCAGCCUUGCUUUUCAAUUUGGUACAGGAAUUUGAGAACAGGUUUCAAGAUUUUAGAAAAAAUCAGCCAUCUUUUCUGAUAUUUGCAACUCCAUUUUCAGUGGACAUUAAUAUAUUACCUGCCAAUUUGCAAAUGGAAUGCAUAGAGCUCCAAUCUGACAUUCAACUGAAAGAAAAAUUUGACCAUGUCUCUUUAAUUGGCUUCUAUAAGAUAUAUGUUCCCAGAGAAAAAUAUCCUUCACUUCACAAUCAUGCCUUAUUCAUGUCAUCGCUAUUUGGAAGCACCUACAUUUGUGAGCAGCUAUUUUCAAGGAUGAAGCACACAAAGAAUAGAACUAGAACCAAAAUAUCUGAUGAGCACCUUGAGCACUCACUGAGAAUUGCAACAAGUUCCAUCGAAGCAAAUAUGGAUGCAUUGGUGGCUGAGAAACAAUGUCAAACAUCUCACUAA